UUUCUCUCUAACUUUACUUUAUUUUUUUAAUAAUUUAUUAUGAUUACAUUUUAUGCACGACUUUUCUAGGGCUUUGAACUUGUAUAUCUGUCAAAAGCUUAAGAAUGAUCCUCUUUGGUCCCAACUUGAGGUUAUUCUUUCUGAUGCUACUGUUCCUGGUGAAGGAGAGCAGAAAAUCACUUCUUUUAUACGCACCAAGCGUAGCUUGCCAGGAUAUGAUCCCAACACAAGGCAUUGCCUAUAUGGACUGGAUGCAGACUUGAUAAUGCUUGCAUUGGCUACUCAUGAAUUGCAUUUUUCAAUUUUAAGGGAGGAUGUGCUUACAAUGCAAGAACAGGCCCCUAUUUCUGAAUCAACUCUGAUUACAAGUAUUCAGAAUGCUAAACUGCAUUAUUCCUUGGCUAAAUCAAGCGGGGAUAGGCCAAAACCUUUCUUUGACAGUGGUGAUAAAAUGCUAUCUUCGCUUAUUCAACCUCAGCACUAUCAAUUUCUGCACAUUUGGAUUUUGAGGGAAUAUUUGGAGCUCGACAUGCAGAUAGAUGAUCCACCAGAAAAUUUUGUUUAUGACAUAGAGCGAGUUAUUGAUGACUUCGUGUUCUUAUGUUUCUUUGUUGGGAAUGACUUCUUGCCUCACAUGCCCACCUUGGAUAUACAUGAGAAUGCUAUAGUCUUGCUCAUGGAUAUUCAGGAAUUACAAAAUACGAAGGAGCUGAAUGAGAGACUGAAGAAUCGCAUUCGUAAAAAGUCUGAUUUAUUCAGACAUGGCAAAUUAGGAACAGAUAAGGUGAAACUAGGUUCAUUGGGUUGGAAGCUGAGAUAUUACAAACAUAAAUUCAAUGUUGAAGACUCCAAUGGAAUGGAAAAUGUCAGAAAGGAAAUAGUUCACAAGUAUACAGAAGGACUAUGUUGGGUCUUGCUCUACUAUUAUUCUGGUAUACCGUCUUGGAAUUGGUAUUAUCCAAAGUAUUAUGGACCUUUUGCUUCGGAUCUAAAGGGUUUAGCCAGUGUUAAAGUAAGAUUUCAAAAGGGUUCUCCAUUUAAGCCAUUUGACCAGUUAAUGGCUGUGCUUCCACCAAAAAGUGCACAUGCACUUCCAACUGUUUAUCAAGAAUUGAUGACAGAUAGCUGCUCUAGUAUCAUUAAGUUUUAUCCUAUUGAUUUUGAAGUUGAUGUGGAUGGUAAAAGAUUUUUGUGGCAGGGGAUUUGUAAGCUUCCUUUCAUAGAUGAGGAAAAACUCUUGAACGCCACCAAACAAGCGGAGCAGAAAGUAAUGGACAGUGAAGCUGCAAGAAAUGUUCAGUCAACUAACAAGUCAUUCACAAGGGAUUCAAAUAGGUGCUUUAAUUUUGAGUUGCCUGCUGAACGCUUUCACAUACCUCGCCUGCUUGAAGGCAUCCAGCUUCCCAUUAAGAAAAUAUUUGAGAAUGACAUCAAGAAGACAGUUCCUUGGCAUGAACAUAAUGGCAGGCCCCCAAUCACUAGUUGGAAGAGAAUUAAUAACAACAAUUUCCGUAGACGUAAUGAAAGGUACAAUAAGACUGCAGCUGUCGAUGCUGGGACUACAAUUAAAACUGCUGGUCCAGGUCGUGGCUUUGAAAGUGCAGGUAGAGGAAAGGGAACCGGCUCAAAGUCAUACUUACCUCAUAAUGGCAAUCUGAAGUAUGUGCGUCGAUCUGACAACAUACAUUCUACAUCAACAUUCCCUCGAAAUGUCAACAGGAGCUUUGAAAAUUUGAGAAUACAGAAUAGUCACAGAAAUAGAUCAACAUACGAUGGAACAUGUAAUACCAGCACACACAAUAGCUUCUGGCGUUCAAGUAAUGAAAAUGCCUCUUGGAGACCAGUAUCACAGACAAGGCCUAGUUUCUCUUCCCAAGGUGGUGAGGGAUCAUCAAUGCAGUUUAGGCCUUGUUAUGCAAAUACCCCUCAUCAGUUCAUGGGUAGAGGAAGGGGCCAAUCUGGGCCUCAAACAUACAACCGUUAUUCUUCAGAACUUCCUGGUUCUAGGAAGGAUUGUAAUCAGGCAGUAGGUGCAUCACUUGUUUCUGUAGGUGUACUUGUAUCUGUACCUGUGGGUGUGGAUGCACCAUCAGUUGAUGUACCGGCAUCGGAUGCAGCUGCACCUGCACCUGUGGCUUCGCCAUAG